ACUCAGUGCAAUUAGGAAAUGUCUGGAUAGGCUUCUAAUUAAUCUUAGCUUUUGCCAUGUUCUUCACCUUUGCGUCAACACCUUCUAGUAGCCGCUCAUCUCGGCGGAAUCCCAGACGAUCUAAAGUGGCACGAGCAUGCAACUAUUGCCGUGUACACCGGGUGCGUUGUGACGUUGAAUUGCCCUGCUCGCGGUGUCUGGCCAACAAUAUAGAAUGCGUCUCUUCACCUCCCGGUCAACAAUCCUCUGAGAAUGCCCAAAAUCCUCAGGACGAGUUCGUAACCGCCCAGGAGGCGGCCGACCAAUGUUCGCAGCCUACUCCAUCUAGUCCCAUCUUAUCAAGGCCUGAUGGAAUGGAUUCAACAGUUGGCUUCAUGUCUAAAAUCAACGCCUUCUGCUCUACUAUUUCCCAAUUGUCGUCUGAUUCUGUAGGUGACUCGCCACCGCCCCCCUAUUCAUCUCCGGAUGGACAAUCGCUACUAAAUGAUGAGAGUAACGGGCUUAGUACUGUGCUCUCUCGGUCACAGGUAAAACACCUGUUGGAUAUCUACUGGGCACGAUGUCAUCCUCUUAAACCUAUUGUCAAUCGUGCCCACGUUGAUACACUUUUUGAAACUUUAUGGACUCCUGAUGGUUCCGAGUUGAAGACUAUCCCUGUGGUAGAUGGUAUCAUUGCUCUCUGCUUGAACUACCUUAACAAUUCAGGUUUAAAUCAUCGUUUGCUAAGUCUACGCUUUGAGAAAGGAUGUCCUUCUCUUGCGUACUUCAAGCGUUGCCUGGCCGCCACCAGUCAGUAUGCUAUUUUUGCAGAGCCAUCAUUGGAAUGUUUACAGUGCUAUGUCCUUAUGACUUUAUAUCUGCUUGAUGCGGGUGAACACCAGCCUGCGUAUAAUAUGAUCGGGUUAGCCUUGCGCAUUGCACAGGCGCUUGAUUUUCAUCAUGGGCUACCGGAUUCUGACCCGAACGUCUAUCUAGCCCGGCGCAUCUGGUGGACUAUUAUUCAUAUUAAUUUCCGGUGUGCACGGUUACUGGGGCGUCCGGUUGGAGUACAACUUGCUGAUACACCCUGCCCUUCACCACCUACAGAUGAGUUUACCUAUCAUACCCGGGCGAUUACUCUUACUAGGGCUACGCUAGCUGUGACUGAGGCCCUUACUCGGCAUCCAGGUAUUCCAACUGAGGAUCGCCUCGCGCAAGUUGUGUCACGCGCAUCCUCCCUCUCCAUAGAAGUUUACCGGCUACAUGAGUGGAGAGAUCAACAGCUACGCCCGGCUCUUGGGCGUCCACUUCAUGUGGAUAGCAAAUGGGAUAGCAAGGAAGCUUAUAGUUGGAUCUCUUCUGUAGCCGACAUGAGCCCGUCUCGAGCCUUAGGCGAAGUUUUCCUGGAGCUUCAGUACUAUGACGAGAUAAUUGGGUUGCAUCGACCGUUUAUUUGUUUCCCUACUGGGCUAUUAAUUCCAAAAAGCAAUCCCCAGAGAGAUGCUCAUGCGACAACAGCAUUACAACAUGCUAUAGCUACAGUAGACCUCACUCAUCGCAUCAUGUCUACUACCGAUGUGCUCUGUGGGCAUGGUGAAAUAUGGCAGUGGCAAUGGAAUGCCUUACUCACCUUGGUUGGUUUCCUUAUGGGAUAUCCGUUUUGCAUAUAUGCGCCUGCUGCUCGCCACCAUGUCCAGCUAGCCUUGGAGAUUUUCAGCGCAGCGGACCCGAAGAAUUCCAUAGCCGUUCGGGCAGCAGCCGUGACCCGCUCACUUUGUGCCAAAGUAGACAAUUUGGUGCAUAUAUUGAAAUCGAAAGACGGGCGGCCAGCAUCCCCCAACACGGAGAGGCAAUGCAUCAUGAGAUGGAAUAACCCUGACGCCCCUCUCGAUCUUUCACGCCCAAGUAGCGACGAAUUGUGGUCAUGGGUAGAUACCACAGACCCUGAUGCGUGGUUGACCUACACCGAUGGGAUCACAGGAGUUCUGGCCGAUUUUCCGAAUCUUCCGUUUGGCAGUGAAGGUUUCUCUCCUCUCCGUUAAAAGCUAUUGAUGAUUUAGCUGCCUUUACUAGGUUAGGUACCUACUCUGCCUAUAGUAUAUCCAAAUUGUAUCUCUAUUAUCAAUAGGCCGGUUCGGCUUCACUGAUAACUAUAAAGACCAAAAGCCG